AUGGGUACUGUUCGACUAUUUUUGGGCACUGCAGUGAAACGAAACUGGGAGGUCCAUCAGAUGGAUGUGUACAACGCUUUUCUUCAUGGGGACCUCGAAGAAGAGAUUUAUAUGAAACACCCUCCUGGCUUCAAAGCUUCUGACCCAAAGAAGGUAUGUCGUCUUCGCAAGUCCAUAUACGGUUUAAAGCAGAGUCCUCGGUGCUGGUUUGAGAAACUAUCAACGGCUUUGAAAAAAUUUGGUUUCGAACAGAGCUUGUCAGAUUACUCGCUGUUUACAAUGGAUAAAGACGGUGAACAACUUCAUGUUUUAGUCUACGUUGACGAUCUUAUCAUCACCGGCAGCACCAUGACAGUGAUGCAAGCCUUCAAAGACUACUUAUCUACAUGUUUCCACAUGAAGGAUUUGGGACCCUUGAAGUAUUUUCUGGGCAUUGAAGUGGCACACAGUCCCUCUGGGAUGUACCUUUGUCAGCGAAAAUAUGCCCUUGAUAUCAUCUCAGAUUCAGGCUUACUUGGUGCCAAACCGGUGGCAUUUCCUCUUGAGUCGAAUAACAAGCUAGCAUUGUCAGCCUCACCUUAUCUACCACAUCCAGCAAAGUAUCGACGGUUGAUCGGCCGUUUAAUCUACUUAGCUGUAACGCGACCAGACUUGGCAUAUUGUGUUCAUUUCCUUGCUCAGUUCAUGCAAAAGCCAAGGGAAGAUCAUUGGGAGGCUGCUCUCCGAGUCGUUAAGUAUCUGAAAAACAAUCCUGGCCAAGGUAUUUUGCUGCGUGCAGCUGGUUCUUUUCAGUUCACAGGUUGGUGUGAUAGUGACUACUCUGGCUGUCCGUUAACAAGACGUUCCGUCACUGGUUAUUUCAUUCAACUGGGUGGCUCUCCGAUAUCAUGGAAAACGAAUAAACAAAAGACAGUCAGUCGAUCCUCGGCAGAGGCUGAAUAUAGGGCAAUGGCACACAUUACUCAAGAGUUGAUAUGGCUGAAGCGAAUUCUAUUGUCUCUUGGAGUUAAGCAUGACGGAUCCAUGCUUGUUCGUUGUGAUAGUGAAGCAGCUAUUCACAUCGCCACAAACCCCGUCUUCCAUGAACGGACUAAACACGUCGAAGUGGAUUGCCAUUUUGUUCGGAAUGAAGUCUUAACCAAGAACAUCCGCCUUCUUCAUGUUGGUACUGGGUCGCAGCUUGCAGACAUACUUACAAAACCAUUGGGCACUCAAGACUACGCUCAGUUCUGUGUCAAGUUGGGCAUACAAGAUUUGCAUGCUCCAACUUGA